ACUCUUUGACAAAAGCAGAGCAUUCUUUUAGCACAAUUUUCAGAAUUUAUUCUUUGCCAAUGUUGGAUGAUAAUUUUGAAAGCAUUGAAGCUCAUGAGGUAGUUUUAGAUGUACAUGAUGAUGCCUCAAAAAUCUCUAAGGAGACGGAUAUAAAAGACUCUGUGCCCCUUUUGAAGAAGUUGGUAGCAGAAGUGGUUGGAACAUACAUAAUGAUAUUUACGGGUUGCGCCGCAGUCAUUGUGAACCUAAACAAUGAUCAUGUAGUAACACUUCCUGGAAUCGCUUUCGCUUGGGGAUUUACCGUUAUGGUAUUGAUUUACUCUCUUGGUCAUAUCUCUGGUGCUCAUUUCAAUCCUGCGGUUACCAUAGCUCAUGCUUCAACUAAAAUAUUUCCCUUCAAACAGGUGCCAGCUUAUAUUAUAGCUCAGGUCAUUGGAUCAACACUAGCUAGUGGAACUCUAAAGCUUAUAUUUAAUGGCAAAGAAGAUCAGUUUAUUGGAACACUCGCAGCUGGUUCUAACCUGCAAGCUUUUGUAAUCGAGUUCAUAUGCACUUUUAUCCUUAUGUUUGUUAUUUCUGGAGUAGCCACCGAUAACAGAGCGGUUGGUGAGUUAGCAGGGCUUGCAGUUGGGUCUACAAUAAUAAUAGAUAUAUUGUUUGCAGGACCACUUACAGGAGCAUCAAUGAAUCCGGCGAGAACCUUAGGACCUGCAAUUGUGUACCAUGAAUAUACAGGACUAUGGAUAUAUAUGAUUUCACCCAUUCUAGGAGCUUUGACAGGUACAUGGACUUACAAUUUCAUCAGGCACACCAACAAGCCAAUGUGUGAUGAGCAGACCAAGAUUGAGCUCACAAAGAUUGUCCCUUUUCUAAGAAGGAGCAGGUCAUAACAGAGUCUAAUGAUUCCACAGCAAAUCAAGGAGUGCCCAUAAAUUUCAAUAUGUAUUAGGGUUUAAGUGUUUGGAUCUGGUUACGAUUGUCAUUAUACAUAUACAUGAAAAGUGCAUAUUCUUCUUACCAUUCAUCAAAUUGUAGGAAAUGUGGGAGCUUUGUUCAAUGAAUAUUAAAAGCACAAGA